AUGUCAGUACCAAAAGCGGUAACCACGAGCUACACUCGGGCUUACCAUGCGGCGCUGCAUAGGGAUUCCCUGCAGAGUUUACCUUGUCCUUUGCUCCCGCGAUGUGUCCCCUGCAGCGUCCCCGGCCAUCUCCUCCGGCCGAUGCCGGCAUCCGGCUUCUGUGUUCCGGUCCCUGUGACGUCGGGAUGUAUGGGCGCCGGAACCGAUGGGAAAUUUGAAAAUUUAAAAAAAUGUCAUUUUUUUCUAAAUGAAUUUUACAUACACUUUUUCCUGUCCCCUGUCUGCAUUUUGACUGUUCUUUCU